GGAUCCCUCCCCUCAACUCUGGAGAAGUGGUUCCAGCGGUAGGGAGAAUUAGGUUUAGUGCUUGCCACCGCUCCGACCUGGGUAUCCCGGGACUCCCGAGUCCACCGAGGUCUUGUUCGAGACUACAUUUCCCAGAAAGCCGCGCGGUGAUUGAAAGUUCUAUCAGCCUAUGGACGGACAAGGCUUCUGGUCGCGGAAAACGAGGAGCCAAUGGAACUGAUGACUCUCAAUGAUGUGGCUGGGGACUUCAGGGAAGAGUGGGUUACCUGGACACCGCUUAGAGAAUUCUCUUCAAGGAUACCACCCAACACAGUUAGAAGAAUGGGCUCUCAGAGGGAUUUCCAGGCCAAGUGUAGUCUCCCAGCUGGAGCAGAAAGAAGACCCAUGGGUGCUACCACUCCAAAAUUUUGAGGCAAGGAAGAUCCUAAGAGAAACGCACACAGACUUUGAGAAUCAGGUGACAAAACUCAAUCAGGACAUUUCAGAAAUAGCAGAACAAUGUGGAACAUCGUCUGAAAGGGCCAAUGAAGAUAUUUCUGACACUCCUGGAUGGGGAGGGAACUGGGAGAGGGAUCUUGAAAUAGAAGGGCAACAUGGAACCCUCUCCUGGAAGGAGAAGAAACCCCUUCCACAGGAGAAGGAUUUAAAUAAGCUACUGGAUGGAUAUGUAGAAAAGAAGCCUGUGUGUGCAGAAUGUGGAAAAAGCUUUAACCAGAGCUCCUAUCUCAUAAGACACCUAAGAACCCAUACUGGUGAGAGGCCUUAUAAAUGCAUUGAGUGUGGGAAAGGCUUCAAACAGAGUUCAGACCUUGUUACCCAUCGCAGAACACACACAGGAGAGAAACCCUACCAGUGCAGCGGGUGUGAGAAAAAAUUCAGCGAUAGCUCUACGCUCAUCAAACAUCAGAGAACCCACACAGGUGAGAGACCCUAUGAGUGCCCAGAGUGUGGGAAGACUUUUGGGCGGAAGCCACACCUCAUAAUGCACCAAAGAACCCACACAGGAGAGAAGCCCUACACGUGUCUCGAAUGCCAUAAAAGCUUUAGUCGAAGCUCAAAUUUCAUCACCCAUCAGAGGACCCACACAGGAGUGAAGCCUUACAGGUGUAAUGACUGUGGGGAGAGUUUUAGCCAGAGUUCAGACUUGGUUAAGCACCAACGAACCCACACAGGAGAAAGGCCCUUUAAGUGCCCAGAGUGUGGGAAGGGCUUUAGAGAUAGUUCUCACUUUGUGGCACACAUGAGUACUCACUCAGGAGAAAGGCCUUUCAGCUGUCCUUACUGCCACAAAAGUUUCAGUCAGAGCUCACAUCUGGUCACACACCAGAGGACACACACAGGUGAGAGGCCAUUUAAGUGUGACAACUGUGGGAAGGGAUUUGCCGACAGCUCUGCCCUCAUAAAACACCAACGGAUCCACACAGGGGAAAGGCCCUACAAAUGUGGUGAAUGUGGAAAGAGCUUCAACCAGAGCUCCCACUUCAUCACCCAUCAACGAAUCCACUUAGGAGACAGGCCCUAUCGCUGUCCCGAGUGUGGCAAAACCUUCAAUCAGCGUUCCCAUUUUCUCACACACCAGAGAACGCAUACAGGAGAAAAACCUUUCCACUGUAGUAGAUGUGACAAGAGCUUCCGUCAGAAAGCACAUCUCUUAUGCCAUCAAAAUACCCAUUUGAUCUAGGAAAUGGUUUGUAGUGGUUCUUCUGCCCCUUUCCAGAUUUUCAUUUCUGUUGUCUCCAGGUGCUACAUAUAGAGAAAGGCUAAAUGUGGGUGUCAGUGGCUCAAGUUAGGCCCUGGUCUGCCCUCUGUCUUUUUCCUACACUUUAAUGACAAAGAUAAACGCAUAGGCUACAAAUAAUGUUCUGAACACAAAAGGCAUUCCUUCAGUGUUUUUAACUGACCUUAGGGAAAUGUAAGCUUGAUGGUUGGUGCUUGAUUACUAAAAGAGGAGUGAGAUACAUUAUCACUAUUAAUGAUAAGUAUUUGAGAUGUUUUUAAAGAUUUUGUUUAUUUAUUCAUGAGAGACACACAGAGAGAGGCAGAGACACAGGCAGAGGGAGAAGCAGGCUCCUCCUGGGGAGCCAGAUGUGGGACUCGAUCCCAGGACCCUAGGAUCGUGACCUGAGCCAAAGGCAGACACUCAACCACCUAGGUGUCCCUAAUAUUUGAGAUCUUAUUAUAAGCCCUUACAGCUGUAUAAGCCUGACUCUUAAAAAGACUCCCAAUACGUUUUUUUUUCACUCUUAUGACUCCAUAAGGAAUUCCUUAGUGCAGCCCCAUAAGCCCAGAACUUGCAAGAAAUUAGAUUGCAACUAAAGGAUUUGGGGUGUGAACACAAAGAUUUAAUAAAACCAGAAAACACUCUCUGUAUCCAAUGCCAUGCAGACAUUAGUCCCCAGAUGUCUCAGUGCCAUGACUAGGCAGAAUUCUCGUAGAGGAUGUUUGUGGUCUUAUGACUUCAAAGCUGAGAGAAUUUCCGAAGCCCUUUGUACAGCAGCAGUGUAUAAAGUGCUCCCACUGGAGAUUUGCUGCCACCUGAGGCAGAGAAAAUAACCUGCGACAAACAAGACCAAGGGACCUGGAAGAGGACUGUAAAAAUAUGGGAUCAAAAUUGCUGGAAUGUUAAAUAUUUCAGGGGUCCUUCCUGGCAUCUAGGUGAAGGAAACAAAACUCCUGUUUUCUAAUUGCCUGGGCCAUGGGCUCUUUAGUCUUAAGUUAAUGGAACUCUCUGAUUUUUUUUUUUUGUCGAAUCCAUUUUAUGCACUAGUACAUUCCUAUAUUUAACUGAAAUAAAUUGAGGGAAGGCUGUGUGUCGGAAAGAACACUGACUUCAUUGAGAGGGUGAGGUGUUUGAGUACUGGCCCCGACGUUUAAUUUGGCCAGACUUUACCUUCUCUCAGCCUCUACCUUACUACCUACCUCACAAGGCUCUUGUGAGGAUCUAAUGCGUGCACACACGCAAACACUUUGUUGUUAAAUUAUAAAAUAAUAAUGUCUCUAAAGUUCAGUAUUGUUGGAAAUGUCUUUCCUCCAGGGAACUCUGGCUAAUAUUUCUCCAGGUGUCCCAUGUUUCUCUCAUAAUAACAGAUUUCUUUCUUUAUCUGUUGAAAACCUAAGACCUGCAAUCACUAAACAACUCAUUGUGGGUCACAUAGGCAAUGGAGGAGCCAAAAUGUGGCUGCAAGUGUCCAACAGCACAGAAAGGACAAGCACUGAGAUUUACUAGAGUAUCUCUGAGACACCCCACGUAGGACUGGAUGCCCUGUAUUAUAUGCAUCAAACCAUCUUGAAUUUGGAGAUGAUGGAGGCAAUGUGGCCUAAGUUCCAGAGAGCCCCACAGGAUUCUGUGUUGGGGAGUAGAAGGGAAAGAGUAGACAGGUGGUUAAGGAGGGAGCUGGGUGUUUCACCACCCGGAAAGAAAAGUGGUGAGCUGAAGGUAUUCCUCUUUCCAGCCUUCCUAUGGCAAUGCAGACCAAAUUAUCAUCAUUUUUUAAGAUUUUAUUUAUUUAUUCAUGAGAGACACAGAGUGGCAGAGACACAGGCAGAGGGAGAAGCAAGCUCCCAGCAGGGAGCCAAAUACUGGACUCCAUUGCAGGACCCCAGGAUCACGACCUGAGCCAAAGGCAGAUGCUUAACCACUGAGCCACCCAGGUGCCUUGCAGUCCAAAUUAUUGUGAGCCUUGAAACAAGAGUUCCUUGUCUUCCAUUAUAUGCGAUGUGGUCAGAGUGCUGUAACUCAGGGGGAUAGAACUCAGCCAAUAACCUAAGCUCUUUCUUUGAAAGAGUAAUUAGAUUUUAAAAAAUCUGGUUAAUCCAGUGCACCGGUUCUCAAAAUGUGAGCCCAGACCAGUAGCAUUAGUGUCACCUGGGAACUUGCUAGAAAUGCACAUUUUAAGUUCCCACCCCAGAGCUGCUGAAUCAGAAACUCUAGGGGUGGGGCUCAGCAAUGUGUGUUUUAAUAAGCCCUCCAGGCGAUGGUGAUGCACGCCUGAGUUUGAGAACCACUGCAUUAAAAGGUGUCUUUUCCAUUAAAACACAGCCACGAUACUAUUAUUACUGUUGAAAAAAAAAAUGAACAGCAUCAUCAGAUAUUUCAGUCAAUGUUCACGUGUCCCUAAUUAUCUUGUUUUUUGCUUUCAUCACUGUUUUUUAGUUUGUUUGGAUCAAAAUUUAAAUAAGGUCUCCAAAUCAAUUGGUUGGUAUGUUCCUUACAAGUCUUGAGCUGAAGUUCUC